GGUCGGUGACGUACUUCCGCUUUGCUGGGCGCGCGGUGGACGGUCUGAAACGCAGAUCGCGGCUUCGCCUGGGGUUUCGCGGCUCCAGAGCUCAGCAUGGCUUCCUCACGAGCCUCCUCCACGGCAACCAAAACUAAGGCACCUGAUGACUUAGUUGCUCCUGUUGUGAAGAAACCACAUAUCUAUUACGGAAGUUUGGAAGAGAAGGAGAGGGAGCGUCUGGCCAAAGGAGAGUCUGGGAUUUUGGGAAAAGAAGGACUUAAAGCUGGAAUUGAAGCAGGAAAUAUUAACAUAACCUCUGGAGAGGUGUUUGAAAUUGAAGAGCACAUCAGUGAACGACAGGCUGAAGUAUUAGCCGAGUUUGAGAGAAGAAAGCGAGCCCGGCAAAUCAAUGUUUCCACUGAUGACUCAGAGGUCAAGGCUUGCCUUAGAGCCUUGGGGGAGCCCAUCACACUCUUUGGAGAGGGUCCGGCUGAAAGAAGAGAAAGGUUAAGAAAUAUCCUCUCAGUGGUUGGUACUGAUGCCCUAAAAAAGACCAAAAAAGAUGAUGAGAAAUCUAAGAAGUCCAAAGAAGAGUAUCAACAAACCUGGUACCAUGAAGGACCAAACAGCCUGAAGGUUGCUAGACUGUGGAUUGCUAAUUAUUCGCUGCCAAGGGCAAUGAAACGCUUAGAAGAGGCCCGUCUCCAUAAAGAGAUUCCAGAGACAACGAGGACCUCCCAGAUGCAAGAGCUGCACAAAUCUCUCCGGUCUUUGAAUAAUUUCUGCAGUCAGAUUGGGGAUGAUCGGCCUAUCUCCUACUGCCACUUUAGUCCUAAUUCCAAAAUGCUGGCCACAGCUUGUUGGAGUGGGCUUUGCAAGCUCUGGUCUGUUCCCGAUUGCAACCUCCUUCACACUCUCCGAGGCCAUAACACAAACGUAGGAGCAAUUGUAUUCCAUCCAAAAUCCACUGUCUCCUUGGACCAGAAAGAUGUCAAUCUGGCGUCUUGUGCUGCUGAUGGUUCUGUGAAGCUUUGGAGCCUUGACAGUGAUGAACCAGUGGCAGAUAUUGAAGGCCAUACAGUACGUGUGGCCCGUGUAAUGUGGCAUCCAUCAGGACGUUUCUUGGGCACCACUUGCUAUGACCGCUCAUGGCGCUUAUGGGAUUUAGAGGCUCAAGAGGAGAUCCUGCAUCAGGAAGGCCACAGCAUGGGCGUGUAUGAUAUCGCCUUCCAUCAGGAUGGCUCUUUGGCUGGCACUGGGGGACUGGAUGCGUUUGGUCGUGUUUGGGACCUGCGUACAGGACGGUGUAUCAUGUUCCUAGAAGGCCACCUGAAGGAAAUCUAUGGAAUAAAUUUCUCCCCCAAUGGCUACCACAUUGCAACCGGCAGCGGUGACAACACCUGCAAAGUGUGGGACCUCCGGCAGCGGCGCUGUGUCUAUACCAUCCCCGCCCAUCAGAACUUAGUGACCGGUGUCAAGUUUGAGCCUAUCCAUGGGAAUUUCUUGCUCACUGGUGCUUACGACAACACAGCCAAGAUCUGGACACACCCAGGCUGGUCCCCACUGAAGACUCUGGCUGGCCAUGAAGGCAAAGUGAUGGGCCUAGACAUUUCUUCCGAUGGGCAGCUCAUAGCCACUUGCUCUUACGACAGGACCUUCAAGCUCUGGAUGGCUGAAUAGGCAGGACCGAGGAAAAAGGACUCUAACCUCAAGCUCUCCCUUAAGAACCAUUUUCAAAAGAAAGGGAUUGAUAUUUUUUGUCCUAUCACGUUUUUUGCCAGUUAUCGUGUGUAGACCCUCUAAAGAAUUGGAUCU